AUGUGCUUUGGACGAGUGCCGCGGGCUGGAAGUUGCGAGACAGCCGAGAACUCCGACGACAGCUGUCGAAAGGAAGCAGAGGGGACCGCGGAGCGGCCGGGCUGCCCGGGGAGAUCCUAUCCCGCGGGAAUGGGUAUGCUUCUGCCCGACGAGACCUACGAGGAACGGUCCUCGUCCUCGAGGCGCAGCUCCUGCCCGAACGUUCUCGCGGACAUCGACGAGGUCGAGGCCGCCAAGGCUCUGGCCGCGUUCAGAAAGUGCGACGAGUUCCUCAAGAGGCAUGGGAUCAGGCCAGAGUUCUUCUGCAGGCACAGGGAGCGGCUCGCGUUGCAGACUUGGCUGUUGCAGAGGUCUAAACUCUCCUCUGAUGCCUCGUCCUCGAACGAAGCGGUGCACCUACAGCAGCGUCUCAGGAGCCUGAGCACGGAACUGGUGACCCUGAGGAACCGGCUGCACGUGAGCCAGCCGCCGAACAACAAUUCAGGGCCGAACGGCGGCACCUCGGCGCCCCUGUCCAAGAGCCCGGAAAAGGGCUGCGUGCCGUCGUCCCCUGCUCCGGCGGUGCCGCCGAGGACGACGAUACCAUUGGCGGCGACGCUGCCGCACGGCCUCGGCCAUCCGUCCGGGCACACGUUGACGGCGUCCGCGAUCGUUCAUCCCCAUGUGAACCACGCGGCCGCCAACACCCUCGGCCACAACGCCACGGCGCCGAGCAAUCUGAUAUCUGACUUGGACCCGCCGAAACGUCACAACGGCAUUCCAGACGACGGCAUAGUGUCCUGCGUGACGGCCCUGGGCUGUUUGCGAUCGCCGCCGAUCUCCAGCAUCAUCGCCGAUGUGAAGAACGCGAAGACCAACCAGGGCCAGCAUCGAUGUCUCCCGAAAGGGACCACGGCCACUUCCGGGCCCGCAACCUCCACGGCCUUGGACGACCUCAUUCACCUGCCUGGCCCUCUGACGGAGGACGCGGUGCUGAAAUGUCUUCAGGCUCGGUUCUGCGCGAAGCAGUAUCACACGAACGUGGGCCCCAUUCUGGUCUGUAUCAAUCCUUAUACGGACGUCGGGAAUCCAUUGACCUUAACGAGCACCAGGGCCGUACCAUUGGCGCCCCAGCUGAACAAAGUGGUCCAGGAAGCGGUGCGGCAGCAGUCGGAGACCGGCUACCCGCAGGCUAUCAUCCUUUCUGGCACCAGCGGUUCGGGGAAAACGUACGCAUCCAUGUUGUUACUUAGGCAAUUGUUCGACGUCGCCGGCGGUGGGCCCGAGACCGACGCGUUCAAACACCUGGCUGCGGCGUUCACUGUACUCAGGUCCCUGGGAUCGGCGAAGACUGCCACCAAUUCGGAGAGCUCUAGGAUAGGUCACUUCAUCGAGGUCCAGGUGACGGACGGAGCUUUGUACAGGACGAAGAUACAUUGUUAUUUCUUGGACCAGACGCGAGUAAUCAGGCCAUUGCCUGACGAAAAGAAUUACCAUAUAUUCUACCAAAUGUUGGCUGGCUUGUCGCACGAGGAACGAGUGAAGCUCAAUUUGGAGGGGUACAACUUGAAGAAUCUGAGGUACCUGCAACAUGGCGACACCAGGCAGGACGAGGCGGAGGACGCCAUUAGGUUUCAAGCUUGGAAGGCGUGUUUGGGCGUGUUAGGUAUACCAUUUCUAGACGUGGUGAGGGUGCUGGCAGCAGUGUUGAUCCUCGGCAACGUAGGUUUCACGGAUCGUCCGGGUGUGGAGGUCGGCGUGAUCGGCGAGAACGAGCUAGCCUCGGUGGCAGCUCUUCUAGGAGUCCCCCCGCCCGCUCUGCUCAGAGGUCUAACCUCCAGGACCCACAAUGCCAGGGGGCAACUGGUGAAAUCGGUCUGCGACGCUAAUAUGUCUAACAUGACCAGGGACUCGCUGGCGAAAGCGCUGUACUGUCGCACGGUGGCUACCAUCGUCAGGAGAGCCAACAGCUUGAAGAGACUGGGCUCCACUUUGGGCACGUUGUCCUCGGACUCGAACGAGUCGGUUCAUAAUCAAGCGGAGGUCACCAGUCAGCACGCUUCUACCAUUGGCAGCUCGGCAGGUGGCACGGGCUCCAGAAGCAUGACAGCCUUAAACAACGCCGUGCGACACGCGACGGACGGGUUCAUCGGUAUCCUAGACAUGUUCGGCUUCGAGGACCCGAAGCCCAGCCAAUUGGAGCACCUGUGCAUCAAUCUCUGCGCGGAGACGAUGCAGCACUUUUACAACACGCACAUCUUCAAGAGCUCGAUCGAGAGCUGCCGCGACGAGGGUAUCCGUUGCGACGUGGAGGUCGACUACGUCGACAACGUGCCCUGCAUCGAUCUAAUUUCCUCGCUGCGCACCGGGCUGUUGAGCAUGCUGGACGUCGAGUGCUCCAUACGCGGCACCGCCGAGAGCUACGUGGCCAAAGUGAAGGUUCAGCACAAACAGAAUCCCCGGCUCUUCGAGCCCAGGACCGUCGACUGUAGAUCCUUCGGGAUCCAGCACUUUGCGGGUAGAGUGACUUACGACGCGUCCGAUUUCCUGGACACGAACAAGGACGUAGUGCCGGACGACCUGGUGGCGGUGUUCUACAAGCACACGUGCAGCUUCGGUUUCGCGACCCACUUGUUCGGCAGCGAGCUGAAAGCGUUGUACGCGAGUGACACGGUGCCCCGGGGCGUCAGCUUCCGGAUAUCGCCGACCUCCCACACCGACCUUUUGAACGGGGACGAGCCAAUCUCCACGUUGACUCAGGACUUCCACACGAGGCUGGAUAAUCUCCUGAGAACUCUCGUCCACGCCAGGCCCCACUUUGUCAGGUGCAUUAGAAGCAACGGCACAGAAACCCCGCUGCACCUAGACAGAGGCGUGACUAUGCGUCAGAUACGAUCCCUUCAAGUUCUCGAGACAGUAAAUCUAAUGGCCGGCGGAUACCCGCAUCGAAUGCGUUUCAAGGCGUUCAACGCGAGGUACAGACUGAUUGCGCCUUUCAAGCAGCUGCGUCGGGCGGAGGAGCAGGCCGUCGAGGACACGAAGCUCAUCCUGCAGAAUGCUCAACAGUUGAAGAGCAAAUUCGGCGCGAGUACCAGCUGGGCGCUCGGCAAGAGGCACAUUUUCCUCAGCGAGGGCAUUAGGCAGCAGCUAGAGAAUUUAAGGUCGGAGACGAGGAGGAAGGCAGCCACUGCGAUACAGGCAACCUGGCGCGGUUGGAGGGUGCGGAGAAGAUGGCCGCUGAGGAAGACCACGAUAGGCGUGACUGCCGGUUUGGGUCAGAAGAAGCCGCAGCAGCCGACGUCGGCCAACACCGGAACCGUUCAGAGGAACGUGACGACCGCCGCUGGUACAGGCACCGGAACCAGACCGAGGCCGCAGCCAAUCGCUGGCACACCACCCCCGGAUCCCUCGGAGAAGUGCGCGGAUCAGAAGAUGAUCCAGCAAACGUGCACCUUGUUCGGCCUGGAUCUGGAGCGACCGCCGCCGGUGCCGCCUAGCAGGAGCUACACCGUGACAGGCAACACGAAAUUGGGCUACCCGCAGACGAGGAUCAUGAAGAUGCCGUUCCCAGAAGAGGGCGAGGGUGAGGUGGUCCUAUUGAAGGGUGAAACGGUGCUGGUCGUGGGGGCGUCUCCCAGGCGAGGUCACCUGCUGGUGGAGCACAACAACACCACGCUGCACGUACCCUAUCAGUUUAUGGAGCUGAAGCCCUGUAAUAUUAACGUCUGA